GCAGCAACCGGUGAAAAAUCGCGGUAUUCUGUAGGUGAUUUCUUUGCCCCUCAAGCAGGUAUGACUAAUGGAGACUGGGAUAGAUGUCCGACUUCAUCCUGCAACAUAAAAGAGUUUCAAUCCCCUUUCCCCCUAAAAGUUGUGCUCGCCCGCUACACACUACCUUAGAAUAGCUUGGAAAUAUCUUCCACGGCUGAAAAGAGCUAUACAUACACAUAUAUACCUUUCCAUUCCCUAUACAAAUGUCUGACUUACACCAAAAGGUGUCGGAGGAACACUCCUCCUACGCGGGGGAGAAGGAAGAUUCUGCAGAGGUUCCGGUUUACGGCUUCGAAUCCGAUGACGAAAAGAACGCCAAAUUAGAUGCGUUAAUCACAGCUCAUGGCAUCAACCACACGAAGUUGAUGUGGAAGAUAGAUAUCUGUGUUGUUCCACCCUUUUGCUUGUUGUAUUUCUUGGCCUUUUUGGACCGUGUCAAUAUCUCUAACGCCAAGGUCUACGGUAUGGCCGAUGACUUGAAAUUGACAGGUAACCAGUUCAACACUGCUUUAACUAUUUUCUUCGUCCCUUACGUUUUCUUCGAAGUCCUUUCCAAUUUCGCCAUCAAGAGAAUUGCUCCACAUAUCUGGUUGUCCGGCUGCAUCCUCUGUUUUGGGGCUGUCUCCAUCGGUAUGGGGUUCGUAAAGAAUUUUGGCGGCUUGGUGGCUUGCCGCUUCUUGUUGGGGAUUUUUGAAUCCGGUGCUUUUCCAGCUGUUUUCUAUAUCUUGUCCAACUACUACCAGAAGCAAGAGGCCCAGAGGCGUUUCAGCGUCUUCUUCUCCGUUACCUGUUUGGCCGGUGCCGCUGGUGGUGCCCUUGCCGCCAAGAUUAUUGAAUUGGAUGGUAGGUAUGGUAUCGAGUCGUGGCAGUGGAUUUUUAUCAUCGAGGGUGCUUUCACCGCCGGUUUAGCCUUUGUCUUGUUCUUCACCAUCUCUGAUUUCCCAGAGACUGCCAGGUUCUUGAACGAAAACGAGAGAGCCUUCCUCAAAGCCAAGUUGGAGAUCUUCAACGGUGCCUCUGGCUUUGAAGAGAAGACCACUUUGAAAGAUACCGGUGGGGUGUUCAAGGAUUACCUCAUCUGGCUACCAGCUAUUGCUUAUUUCGGUUUGAUUGUCCCAGCCUACGGCUACGCAUACUUUUCUCCAACUAUUAUUAAGCAAAUGGGCUACACUGCUGUUGCCGCCCAAAACCACUCUGUCUACCCAUGGUUGUUAGCCUUUGGUCUUUCCAUUUCCGUCUCCUUUGCCAGUGACCGUCUCCAGAUGCGUUUCCCUUUCGCUGUUGGUGCUAUUCUCUGGGCGCUCAUGGGGUUGGCCUUUAUCCUUGGGGGGACCCACAAUCCUCGGUUGCGUUACGCUGGGUGUUUCUUAACCGCCUCGGGUAUCUACACCGCUAUGCCUAUCAUUGUUUGUUGGGCUUCGUUGAAUUUCUCUGGCCACUUGAGAAAGUCCGUCGGGACUGCUUGGCAAAUUGGUUUCGGUAACAUUGGUGGUAUCAUUGCCACCUUCAUUUUCUUGGCUAAGGACUCUCCAAGAUACGUCCCAGGUUUGAGUGUUUCCAUUGCCUUUUCCUGUCUUGCUCUCCUCUUUGUCUGCAUCUACUUCUUUGCCGUCCGCAGAUUGAACAGGUUGAAACUUACGGAGGCUUACCGUUCUAAGUUCAGUGUCAAAUCUCUGAGAGACCAAGUAUUGUGUGGUGACAGGAAUCCCAACUUCAAGUACUUGCUUUAGAGAAUUACCUCUCAUUCUUGGAUUGUUCCGUUUUAUGCCUCUUUUCCCACUUAAUAUUAUGAACGUAAUUACCUG